GAGAAUGACUUCGCAAAGCUUGUUCCGUAUGUAGAAGAGUGGCUUUUCAGCAGUCGAGUCAAGGACUUGCCGCCAUGGCUGUUUGCUAAGCUCGCUCUCGCACCAGCUCACAGCUUCUCGCAGCGGCAGCUGUCCGUCGGUGUUCUCUGUCAGUACCUUGAUGGCACUGUAUUGGAGACCAUGCCACUGCGCAACUGUCUAAUUGCUGCCUGUGAGCUGCUUGGUCCUGGUAACCCCAAAGAGGCGUCGGAGGCCGUGCAAACGUUUGCGGAGACGUUGAAAAAGACUAUUUUGCGCAAGGCCGUGGACGGGUACAGCUGGGAAAACCUGCACCCGUUCCCGGCGGAAAGUGCUAAGCAUCUCUCCGGCCUGCUGUCGUGGUACGAAGCCCAGCCCGUGCUCACGCAGCUCUGCCGUGACGCGCACGUAGCGUCUGGACAGGAGCGGGCAGGGUCCGGCGUCGCAUCGGCCUCUGGUCCCGAUUCUCAGCACGCCAACCUCGGCCCGGCUACGCAGGCGUACGUGUCCAGCAGUGACGCAGCUGCGGCAACUGCUGCUGCAGCCGGUCAAGUCCAGGCGCAGGCGUAUGCGCUCGCCCAGGCGCAGGCUUACGCCCUCGGUCAAGCCCAGGCCCAGGCUCUUGCUCAGCAGGGCCACACAUGGCACUGGUAUCAGCAUCAAGAGCAACAGCAACAGCAGCAGCAGAACCGACACACCCAGCAUGGCCAGCACCAUCCACCGGCCGCAUUCUCCCCUGAUACUGUAUCCAGUAGUGUGCGACGGGUAGAGGAGCGAGCUGAGCAUCUGACAGAUUUAGUUCGCGGUUUCAAGCACGACGUGAUCAUGGCCCGUAGAACGCAGCGAGAUGACUUGAAUGCAUUGUCACACCAGCUGAUUUCAGAACAACGACGUCACCAGGAGACCCUCUUCAAGCAAUUAAGCACGGUUGUCACUGAAAGCAGGUCAGUGUCGCCCGGUCAUCUGGAGCCUCUGCUUGCGGCAACGCGGUCAGUGACGGAACGUGUGCGGCACGUUGAGCAGUGCUUGCAUCAACUGCAUACCGUCCAGCAGCAGCAGCAACAGGCACAGGUGUCUGCCUUGGCGCAGAUCACACGCUGUGCCGCGGUCGUGCAGCAGCAGUCUCAACAGCUGCAACAGCGGCAGCAGCAGCAUGAGCAGCAACAGCAACAGUGGCAGCGACAACUGCAACAGAAGCAGCAGCAGUAUGAACAGCAGCGUGUGCAGCAGCAGCAAGAACUGCAGCAGGCACAUGCAUCCUCAUUAGAUCAGGUCAAAGUAUAUUUGAAGAAGCAGUUUGAUCAUCAGCUAAUAAGGCAGAAACAAGAAGGGGAAAAGCAGCAGCAACAACAGCAAGAGGCUCAGUUCGCUGCACUGGCUCAGGUCCGGACUUGUGCACAGCAGCUGACACAGCAAACUCAGCAACAGCAGCAGCAGCAACAGGCACAGGCGUCUGCUGUGGCUCAGAUCACACGUUGUGCUACGGCUAUCCAGCAGCAGUCUCAGCAGCUGCAACAGCGGCAGCAGCAUGAGCAGCAUCAACAGCAGCGGCAGCGAGAACUGCAACGAGCGCAUGCAUCCUCAUUAGAUCAGGUCAAAGUUGAUUCUCAGCUUUUGAAGAAGCAGCUUCAUCAACUGCAACUAAAGCAGAAACUAGAAGAGGAAAAGCAGCAACAGCAACCGCUGCACCAGAAGCAGCAGCAGUAUGAGCAGCAGCUUGUGCAGCGGCAGCAAGAACUGCAACGGGCACAUGCGACCUCAUUAGAUCAGGUCAAAGUUGAUUCUCAGCUUUUGAAGAAGCAGCUUCCUCAACUGCAACUAAUCCAGAAACAAGGAGAGGAAAAGCAGCAGCAGCAGCAACAGCAAGAGGCUCUGGUCGCUACACUGGCUCAGGUCCGGACUUGUGCACAGCAGCUGACACAGAAGCAGCAGCAGCAGCAGGUAAAAGAUCACUUUUUAUCUUUUUGGCAAUUUAGCCAGCGUGGUGAUAAAUCAUCGAUACCUCAGCGCACAGGGGCACCACCGACGCCUCAGCGCACAGUGUCAUCACUAAUGCCUCAGCGUACAGAGGCACCACCGAUGCCUCAGCGCACAGAGGCACCAUCAAUACCUCAGCACACAGAGGCAUCAUCAAUACCUCGGCACACAGAGGCAUCAUCAAUGCCUCAGCGUACAGAGGCGCCACCAAUGCCUCAGCGUACAGAGGCACCACCAAUGCCUCAGCGUACAGUGGCACCACUGGUACCUCAGUACACAGUGGCACCACCAACGCCUCAGCGUCCAGAGGCACCACCGAUGCCUCAGCACACAAGGGCACCACCAACGCCUCAGCAUACCGUGUCUGUGCCAAUGCCUCAGCGUACAGAGGCACCACCAAUGCCUCAGCGUACAGUGGCACCACUGGUACCUCAGCACACAGGGGCACCACCAACGCCUCAGCAUACCGUGUCUGUGCCAAUGCCUCAGCGUACAGAGGCACCAC